AGGACUACAUUUCCCGCCGGCCCCGAGAGGGCCGGGGCGGGUACAAAGCGGGCGCUGCCCGUCCCGGCAGGUGAGCGCCAGCAGGUGAGCGCCGGCAGGUGAGGCCGGGGCUGCUUCCCGCGGUCACCGCUGGGCUGAGGCGGCUCCUCCUCCUUCCCCGCAGCCCCCCCCCCCGAGCCGCGAUGCCGUUCCCCGGCUCCAGGGCGGACGAUGCCUUCGACUACCUCUUCAAGAUCAUCCUGAUCGGGGACUCCAACGUGGGGAAGACCUGCGUGGUGCACCGCUUCAAGACGGGGCAGUACCACGAGAAGCAGCAGAACACCAUCGGCGUCGACUUCACCGUCCGCUCCCUGGAUAUCGACGGCAAGAGAGUGAAGAUCCAAGUGUGGGACACAGCUGGUCAAGAACGCUUCCGGACAAUAACCCAGUCUUAUUACAGGAGUGCCCAUGGGGCCAUCCUUGCCUAUGACCUUACUAGGAGGUCCACAUUUGAAUCCAUUCCUCACUGGAUUAGCGAAAUUGAGAAGUAUGGUGCUGCAAACUUGGUCAUUAUGUUAAUUGGGAACAAAGCAGAUUCCCUGGAUCAGCGCCAAGUCCUGUUUGAAGAUGCCUGCACCUUGGCAGAGAAGCAUGGGCUCUUAGCUGUACUGGAGACAUCAGCAAAAGAAGCUCAAAACAUAGAAGAGGUCUUCACAUUAAUGGCUAAGGAGCUAAUAGCUCGAAAUACUUUACAGCUUCACGGAGACAACCCUCCAAACAGCAUCUAUCUUGAUUCCAGGCCAGUGAUUGCCACUCCAAGCGUGGAGAAGACCCAGUGCUUCUGCUGAAGAGAGCUUUCAGGAAGUACUUGGAAGUCAUCAUCCUUCUCAGGCUGUGUGACUUAAUUUUAUUCAACUGAUGAAAGUGUGCUAAGUGGCCUCAAAAGCCACCUCUCUGGUAUCUCUACCUUGCAGUUUGGCUUGUAAGGAUCUUCACAGGUGGUUGUUGCUGUUGGUAGCACAGGUUACUUUGACCAUGGCAGCUGACACUUUAAAAGGAACUUCUGAGCUGAGAGAACUCAGGAAGCUGCCAGACUUGCCUUAACCAAAGAUAACUUAAAAAAAAAAAUAUUCCCUUUAAUUUAAGCCUUGAAUGAUUUUCUGGCUGUGUCAGAAGAUAAGUUUGCACCAGAGCUCUGCAUUGAUUGGACCCUUCUAAGUUAUUGCCUGUUCUAGUGCAAGCUCUUUAAUUACUUUGCCAGUAGCUUUAAUAAGUCUGACACACGCUUGGACAGCACUAAACCAUUGCUGCUUAAGUGUUCAUUACAGGGCAGUCCUGAUGUCAGGCAUGUAGCCACCCAUCCCAAAGGACAUCAUAGAGUACAUGAUUUCACAUCUGUACUGAUUUUCUCACCAGAGAGAGAUUUGGAGAUAGCCCUGGGGUUUCAUAGCAGGCAGGAUAUGAUACACUAGGAGGUCCCAACCUCCUUGGGGUGAGAAAAGUUGUCUUUUUAUUUUGUUCUCUAAUUGCAAGAAUUGUUUCCAGUAGUGAUCUCUGUUUUGCUACAUAGACUUGCUAGGAGUAGUGAAGCUCUCAGGGCACCAAUAAUCAAUGCUGAGGUGUAAGGAUUAUUUUUUUUCUCAUUCUAAGCUUGUAGUGCUUUUGAUGUGCCGAUUUAAAUCAAAAAGCCUUCUGUAGUUUACGUGAUGGGUCUCAGACUGCUUGAGAGGAUGUCUGUGGCUUUUCAAGGGAGUGUGGAGAAAGGAUUUAAGGUCCUGUAAAACUCAGCAAGGGAUAAGAUGCUUUAAUGACAUAACCUCACCUUAGAGCAGUAAAGGAAUAGCAGGGAGUGCACGAGAAAGCUACCCCCAGGCAAGUAUAUAUGCUACUGCUAUGGAGAUGUAACAUCUUGGCCACAAUAGGUUUUGUGUUGCUCCUACCAAGUGCAAGCUCUGUCUUUGAGGGGCUCACUGCUUCUGUGUUCCAGAACUGAAUGAAGGGUAUGUUGUUGUUUUGUUCAUCGUUUUGUUUGUUGUUGUUUUUCUGGGGGGGAGCUCGUUUGUGUUGUGUUGGGGUUUUUUUGCUGGCUUUUAGUUUUUUUGUUGUGUUUUGUUCUGGUUUUUUUGUUAGUAGAUGGACACAGGGAAGCAGAGGAAGUAAAAUAAUAUUACACAGAUUAAGUUGUUUGACUACAGUCCACAUGUACCAAAGUGCAUCACUUUGGUAGUUACUGUUAAGCUACUGGAAAAUCUUGUUGGAGAAGCACAAAAAAUAAAGUAGAAGGAAACAGUG